AGGGAGACUAAACCGAUCGACAUCACUAUAGUAGGGAAGACCACAGCAGUCGUAUUCAGCAUCGUGGAUAUAGGUAACGACAAAGACAUAAUAUUAGGGUUACUAUAGCAUGAAGAUUACGACCCGGACAUUAGCUAGAAGAAUGGUAGCCACCUACGACCCCGAAUGGAGUCGUAUUCGACUAGCGAGAUAGGGAGCGCGCAAGGAUCGCGAGUAGACAAUGCUCAAGGAAAGGCAUGUCCUACGGAUCUACCGCAAGAGACAGACAGUAGCAGGCAGACCACUACGGACUCUGGAAGAGGCGGUAUAACGAUAUCGAUAUCACGACAGGAGGAACGAGCUAAAUCGCCGAUAGCUGUUCUCUCUGUUGACGAAUACGGAGCACUCAUCGCUAUAAACGGAACCAAGUUCGCAUACUACCAGAAAACCGAGAGACAAGACAAGACUAGGGAAGUACCGAAGGAAUACAAAGGACACCCAGCAUUCGAACCGAAACAUCUAGAAGGACUACCAGAACACGGCCCAUAGGAUCACGAGAUCAAGCUCAAGGAAGGAGCACGACUAAAGUUCUUCAAGAUCUACUACACGAGCUAGAUAUAGAACGAAGAACUUAAGCGAUAUUUAGAGGAGAACCUUUGAAGAGGAUAUAUCCGCCCGUCGACAUCGCUAGCAGGCUACCUAAUCCUAUUUGUGCCUAAGAAAGACGGAAAGCUAUAGUUAUAUGUCGACUAUCGGCAACUUAACGAACAGACCGUGAAAAACCGAUACCCGUUACCGCUAAUCUUAUAGCUCCGAGAUCAGUUAGCAGGAGCCUAAUAUUUUACGCGUCUUGACUUGCCAUCGGCCUAUAACCAUAUACGGAUCAAAGAAAGCGACGAGUAGAAAACGGCCUUUAGGACACCCUAUGGCCACUAUAAGUACCUCGUCAUGCCAUUUAGACUUACGAACGCACCGGCAACGUUCUAAGCCCUAAUUAAUCAAGCUAUCUGACCCUUUCUCGACAAAUUUACGGUAUAUUAUCUCGACGAUAUACUUAUCUUCUCUAAGACGAUAGACGAACACCAGAAGCACGUAAAAGCAGUACUAGACGCGCUAUACACGUACAAGCUAUCAGUUAACAAGGAAAAGAGCGAAUUCCACGUCAGGAAAACGGUGUUUUUGGGAUACGAGAUAUCCCUAGGAUAAAUCCGGAUAGAACCUUCAAAGGUUAAAGCCAUCAAGAAUUAGCCACAACCGACGUCAGUCACGGAAGUACGAAGCUUCAUCGGAUUUGUAAACUUCUACCGGAUGUUCAUCAGGAACUUUAGAGCGAUCGUACGACCUUUGCACGAGCUUACCAAGAAGAAUACUAAAUUCCAAUAGGAAGAGCAACACGAGCAAGCAUUUACGUAGAUCCGGAAUGCCAUUACCGAAGAUUCGGUACUAUUACUGCCAGACCCUAAGAAGCCAUUCGAGCCUUCUUUUCAAAGAAACUCGAUGGACCACGUCUUAAUUAUCCGAUCUACGACAAGGAACUACUUGCGAUUGUCGAAGCUUUCAAGGAAUGGCGACUAUACCUUAGCGGCAUGAUUAAACCGGUACAAGUAUAUAUAGAUCACAAGAACCUACGAUACUUCACGACGACGAAGGAGCUUAACAGACGACAAAUACGAUAGGCAGAAUUCCUCGCGGAAUUCAACUUUAAGAUCCGCUAUAAGAAGGGCAAAGAGAACACACGAGCGGACGCUUUAAGCCGACGAACGGAUCAUAUAGAAGGACGAACGGAAACAACACUACCGUUGUUCAAGGAGCGAACAGACGGAACGCUACAUCACGAAACGUAGACACCCGUAGAAGAUGAUCUACUUGACUCGUUCCUAGAAUGCUAUACAAUCUUUCGAGAAGAAAGGAUUAACAAGGCACAGUAUCAAGCAGCACCCGGACUACUAGUACCUAACGGAGUAGAAGAAAAAGAUAGGAAACUCUAGUACCGAGGCAAAGCGUAUAUCUACGACAAAGACUAAUAGCUACGGAUGAUUCGAGAGCUCUACGAGUCGAAACUCGGAGGACAUAAAGGAGUUACGAAGACUGUUAUACAAGUCAAGAAACACUACGACUUUCUAUAGUUAACGGCACGAGUCAAGGAAGUCGUACGGAAUUGCGAUAUCUACAAUCGAAGCAAAACGGCACGACACAAGCCGUACGGGCUACUUCAGCCACUACUAACAGCUGAUAAACUAUAGAGUUCGGUCACGAUAGACUUUAUUACGAAGCUGCUAGAAUCUAAGGACACAGCCACAGGAGUGACCUACGACAGUAUUCUUACUAUAGUAGAUCGCCUGACUAAGUAGGCAUACUUCUUUCCCUACAAGGAGUCCUAGACAGCAGAACAGUUAGCAGACGUGAUCUAUCGGCAAGUUAUAUCAGUGUAUGCUUGGCCGCAAGAAUAGAUCACCGACAGAGACACCAAGUUCGCGUCAAAGUUUUAGCAAGCGUUAAUAUAACGAUUAGGCGUUAACAGCAAGCUAUUAACGGCAUAUCACCCACAGACUAACGGACAAACGGAGCGACUAAACCAAGUUAUUAAGCAGUACCUCCGCUCUUACCACAACUCGCUUACAACACGACGCCAACGGAAACGACCAAGGUUACACCGUUCUUCAGCAGCAGUCAAAGCGGAACAAAUGCACGCACUGUAUAGAAAGCUCAAAAAGGAACUCGAGUUUAUUAAGACUAGAAUAAAGAACUACUACGACAAACACAGGCUCGAGGGACCUUGCCUAGAGAGGGGAGAUAAAGUCUACCUAAUUACACGAAACCUGCGAACCAAACGACCAAGCACGAAGCUAGACUUUAAGAAGGUCGGACCCUUCGUUAUCAAAGAACGAAUCUCGACAUCUAACUACUAACUAUCAUUACCGUUAUCUAUACGACUACAGACAGAUGUUUUUUAUAUUUCACUUCUCGAACCAGCACCAAAGAGCGCUAAGGACGUCGAAGAAAUUCUAGAUUCACGCAUCAUCAACGGAGAACUACAGUAUCUGGUCAAAUGGCUUAAUUUCGGACCAGAAGACAACUCAUAGGAACUAGUCAAGAAUUUGAACUGCCCUAAGAAACUAGAACAGUUCCACCGGCAGAACCCGGAUCGACCAAAGGGAAACCCGGGACAGAACCAAAGACAGCGCCCUAGUCGAUAGCAUCGACGGCAUCAUUAAUCUGCAACGAGGGUAUAGCAGGCGUCUCUUGCCGCUCAACCUCCUCUAACUCAUCCAAGGUCGACAGACCAUACGCCACCAUAUCGGCACCUUUCUCCACCAAAAACUCCUUCUGCUGACGAAGACGCCGGAGCCGCACAAGCUUUUCGGACAACUCGCGCUAGGCUUCUUCCAGACGGCGUUAGGAUUCAUCUAGCUCAAGUUCGGCACGACGUUUAGCAUCCUUGAUACGACGCUGCUCCUAGAGAAUACAAUCCAUUACAGGAAGAAAGCAGGAUGCCAGAGCCAUCGUAAGAACGACCUCGACGAACAUAGGCCUUACAACGCUUUAUACGCGCGAUCAUUUUACAGACAAGGCCUUAAGAUGCGCACCAAGAACAAGGUAUAACGACAAAACCGUUCUCGGCGAUGUUCUAAGCAAGGGAAGCACGGUAACGUGCAGAAUGCGACUUCCGUUUCUCUAUCGGCAUUUUGUCAACAUAGCGACCACGAUACAGAAACAGGGAGAAUACAGUACUCACAAGCGGAGGGUUGUUAGCGCUAUUUGAAACGACCUAAGAAGGCUUUCGGGUCGAAAGCCUUGAAGGAGGGGCAUCGUGUCACGGAUAAGCACAUAGGCGGCCUGGCAGGCUGUAGCUAGGACACGGGACAUUCCGACAGCCAAUCACUCGACGGACCAAUCAGAAGAUUAUCACCGCCAAGACUAAGGUCGUCACUGGUAAUAAUAGCAUAUCACCGUCGACAACGCAGAAUCACAAAGUGAAAGGAGAAGUGGUACUAGUAAUAACUAUUAAAGAGGGACAGACCAUUGUAUAUAUAUAGCUAGCUAGUCACUUGUUAUAGUGGACUCUGGGAGUUCGCCAGUGGUAAUAAUCACAAUCACAGUACUCAUACCAAGCGCUGCUGAUUACUGUGAGAGACAACUCUAGUGUUGUUAUGAACCCUUUGGCUUCACCGAAUCCUUUAGAUGACUUGCUUGCUUGUCCCGCUUAAUCUACCUUUGUCUGAACCCUUUUAGAAGAAGUCUGAGUUAGGUUCGUUACA